AUGAAAAUCCUCGUGGCCGUGGCGGUCUUUUUUCUCGUUUCCUCUCAGCUGUUUGCAGAGGAAAUCGGUGCCAACGAUGAUCUAAAUUAUUGGUCCGACUGGUCCGACGGUGACCAGAUCAAGGAAGCAAUGCCGGAGCCCUUUGAGCAUUUUCUGCAGAGAAUCGCCCGAAGACCCAAGCCUCAGCAGUUCUUUGGAUUAAUGGGCAAACGGGAUGCUGAUUCCUCAAUUGAAAAACAAGUGGCCCUGUUAAAGGCUCUUUAUGGACAUGGCCAGAUCUCUCACAAAAGGCAUAAAACGGAUUCCUUUGUUGGACUAAUGGGCAAAAGAGCUUUAAACUCUGUGGCUUAUGAAAGAAGCGCAAUGGAGAACUACGAAAGACGACGUAAAUAA